AUGCCUCCAGCCUGCAACGUCAUCAAUAACCCUGGCUUCGAAGCCGGCCUCGAGAGCUGGACCACCAGCGGUCCCGCAACCGUCGUGACCGGCCCCGUCGCCUACGCCGGCGAGAACUUCCUCUCCCUCGAAACUACCGCAGACGCACCCACAAACACCGUCACCCAGGACCUCUACUGGCUCGACACAGCCAACGUCCACAACCUCACCGUCCAGGUCCGCGUCGAGGGCCCGAUCCCCGCCACCAGCCACUGCGAGGUGCGCGCGUACAUUGGCGAGGACGCCGACGCCGGCGAGUUUGCGUCGGAUAUCAUCUUCACUGGUGACGAGUGGGUUACCCUCCAGGGGUCGUUCCAGCCUACAGUCCGUGAUACGACUAUCACCCUUGUUGGGUACUGCGCCUUUGGGGAGAGUGAUGAGGAGUAUUUUAAUGUUUAUUUUGAUGAUGUUAUUGUUGCUGAUUGCUAA